AUAAUUGUAAAUGUAUAUAUUCAGUGUAUUUUUUUCCAAGAAAGAACCAAUAAAAGUGCGAUUCAGUUUGUUAGUUGACUAGCCCGUACCUCCCAUCUAUUUUCAGCCCAAGGUAUUUACGGCAUCGAAUCGGUUGUGUGCAAAAAUUAUUAUAAAAAUAAUUUUUUCCCCGAAAAUUACACCACGUACGGUAAAAUAAAUACUUUUAUCGAAUAGUUUGACGUGUGUAAGAUGUGCAAACAAAAACAGAGAGUGUAAAAAUCAGUUAGUCUGAAGCAUUUUGUGUGGAAAUAACCAGCUGAUGGCGGGUGAAAAUACUGGACUCGCUUGGCAGUUUGGUGAUACCGACCUGCCUUCGCUACGUAUCGAACAUUUCUAAGUGAUUUUAUCGGGAAUUUCGUAAUUUGCAGCCCGAUUGCCGGGAUCGCGUCGGAAAUCGACAAAUUUUCCGAAAAUUUAGGACUUGAUCGUUGGGCGUGCUCCGAAUUUUAAGCAUACACACACCUUGUGGCUGUCAUUGAUAUUUAGCAAUCAUUCAUAAAUAUAAAGGACUAUAAAUAUACUUAAAUGAUGCGUUUAAAAAUGUGCGCGAUUUGACGAAAUAUUUCUAGGAGUGAAAUGCAGAGCGACCCUCUUGCUGUCCCUUUGUAAAUAGUAUUUGCUUGUUGUUAUUGUUACCACUGAAGACUUCUUGACACCGCAAUGUCGACGACGGCCUUCGUCGAUAGAAUUGAUCCUUUUGCGAAGCGCUCGCUCAAAAAGAAGACCAAAAAGUCACAGGGCAGUUCCAGAUAUCGCAACUCACAAGACGUCGAACUCCAGCCGCUGCCUCUUCUCAAAGAUGUGCCAGCGUCUGAACAGGAAGAAUUGUUCAUUCGAAAACUGAGGCAGUGUUGCGUAGCUUUUGAUUUCAUGGACCCUGUAGCUGAUCUGAAGGGCAAGGAAGUAAAGAGAUGCACUCUCAACGAACUGGUCGAUUACAUAACCGGAGGCAGAGGAGUCCUCACCGAGCCUGUCUACCCGGAAAUUAUUAAAAUGAUAUCGGCGAAUCUGUUCCGCACGUUGCCCCCCAGCGAGAACCCCGACUUUGACCCAGAAGAAGACGACCCGACCCUGGAGGCCAGCUGGCCCCACCUCCAGCUGGUCUAUGAAUUCUUCUUGCGCUUCCUGGAGAGCUCCGACUUCCAGCCGACCAUCGGGAAGCGGGUCAUCGACCAGAAGUUUGUUUUGCAGCUGCUCGAGCUCUUCGACUCGGAAGAUCCACGAGAAAGGGACUUCCUCAAGACAGUAUUGCACCGCAUCUAUGGCAAAUUCCUCGGCCUCAGGGCCUUCAUUCGAAAACAAAUUAACAAUAUAUUUCUUAGGUUUGUGUACGAGACUGAACAUUUCAAUGGAGUGGGCGAGCUCCUCGAGAUCCUAGGUUCGAUAAUAAACGGGUUCGCGCUGCCGCUGAAGGCGGAGCACAAGCAGUUCCUGGUCAAGGUCCUGAUUCCGCUGCACAAGGUCAAGUGUUUGUCACUGUACCAUGCGCAGCUGGCCUAUUGCGUCGUCCAGUUCUUGGAGAAGGACCCGACGCUCACGGAGCCCGUCAUCCGCGGCCUGCUCAAGUACUGGCCCAAGACGUGUAGCCAGAAGGAGGUGAUGUUCCUUGGGGAGAUCGAGGAAGUGCUCGAUGUUAUGGAGCCCUCUCAGUUCACCAGGAUCCAAGAGCCUCUAUUCAGGCAGAUCUCCAAGUGCGUUUCCAGUCCUCAUUUCCAGGUUAGCAAGUGA